AUGGCCACAGACUUGCAGUCCCCGGCCUCAAUGGUCCACCCAUCGCCGGCACCAUCCCGACCUCGUGCUAUAUCGAAACCGAGAUCGAGAUCGAAACCGUCUUUGCGCCGGCGAGAUUCCUCCCCACCACCUUCCUCCCCACCUGGCCUGCCGACGCCUGCAUUCUCGCCGGAUGGACAUAGCGGACAAAGUGACGAUGAUGAUAUUGUUGAAGAUACAUUGUCGCCCUUUGAUCCGCGCAGGAUCACCCCCACUCUCCAUGCAUCGCUUGUAUCAGAGAUUCUUUCGUUGCGACGCGAUAUAGAAAACAAAACUAAGGCAAUUGACGUAUUGGAAGAGAGCUUGGACGAGACAAGGACGGAAAAUGAAACAUUAACCGCGAAUUUGUCGCAAGUGACUCGGGAUGGACGUUCUUUGAAACACCAAAUCCAAUUACUAGAAGGAGGGACAUCAUCUGCGCUCACGGAGCUUGCCCGCGAGCGCGAUGAAGCGGUCGAGAACAUCAGCGAUGUUCGCAAGAAGCUCGAGCAGGUGCAGAAGAAGGCUCGCAGCCGGCAAGAGGAGGUCGAGCGAACACAAUCAUUAUACGCGCGCGAUCAAGAGGCCUGGGCGGGUGAACGCCGAGCUCUGGAGCACAAGAUCCACGUGGUGGAGGGUCGGUUGAAGAGUGUCUUGAAUGAAGUCGCAGCCGCCCAGGAAGCGGGAACCCUCCAUUCUCACCCGAGCGAGAACGGUGACCUCGCUCACGAUAAGACCAAAGGAAGCGACACAGCUAGCAUCGCGACUAGUAGCCUGGGCCGUCGGCGCACGAGUGUAACCUCCGUGAGCUCCGGCGAGGGUGAAGAAGUGGCCAAUUAUCACAAUGUGCGGUACUCUGUGAUGAGUAUGGCGCAUGGUGCCAAGAACAAUUCCGGCUUGAAUCUGGCGGAGGAAUUGGCAUUUGAUGAAGAGGACGACUUUGUCCAGUCUGAUGAGGACGACAGACCCGCCUCCCCCGAGGCUUUGCCUGAGGAACGCCCAGCAUCAGUUCACUCACAGGCAUCAUAUACUGUGGCUUCAAAGGCAAGGAGGAUUCUGGGUCUUUCCCUUCAAAGCUCAGAUUCUACCAAUGGCGCGGAGUUUCGUGCUCGGGAACUUAGUAGUCCCAAAAGGUUGAAUGAGAUCGCAGUGGAAUAUCGCGAUACGGGCAUUCAGUACUCGCCUCCGCCCUCACCUCCGGUGUUGCCCAAAUUCGAGGUGAACGAUAUUCCUGAGUCCAUGGAAGCAUUUUCGGGGCCGAACGACGACAGUGUGAACAUGCCUGAAAUGAAGGACAGUUCCACUCUCACAAUCGCUACUGAAAUGGUCUCUACAUCUUGUCAAACCAUGGGGGAAUUGCCCAGUCCUCCUUGGACACCCAAGGUGGCAGACUCGCCGCCACAAUCCGUCGAAUCUAGCCCACAGCCAGUGCAAAUGGCAUCGUCAUCUACCCAGACCGAUACUGCCUCGGAGCCAGAUGUCCGCCAGAAGCGUCUCAGCUUGUCACCAAACGAUGUUCCAUCUCAGAUGGACAUCCCAAUGAUCGCCAUUCACCCGCCUGGCUCAGAGCCUCCUUCGCCUCGAAACAGUGUCGUUCUCCCACCGCAAACCAAGAACGUGUCUUGUCAAGUCAACUUCCGCCCAGUUGUGGAAAGUCGAUCCGUUUCCAUUCAAACAGAGGGGAUUCGAAUCGACCAACGCCCAGUCAAGCUGCCCGCGAGUCUUCUUCCAUCUGCUAUUUCAGAUGUUCUGCCUCGCCCCGAAACCUGGGAUUCCAGCAUCGAGGCAUACCCUGUUCCUCCAAUUCCACCACGAUCCGCUAAGCGAAACCAGAGGGCUUUGGCAGCAGAUCGCCCUGUGAAACCUCCAAGAGCAUCCGUAUCGGAUCAUGUGCAAGCUUACCCAGGCCAUAAUAAUGAUAAUGGUCCACUUUCAGAGGAUGCUGUGUCCGGAAUCCGACGACCGUUCCGAUCUAGCAGUCUCUUUGCUGGCUUUGACUACAAUAGUGAAGAUGAGGGUCACCAUAUAGAUCGUGACGUCUUCACUGACGAUGAGCUCCUCAACCGCCCAUUCGCUGCAUACACUGUCAGCCGCGGCAAACUUGUCAAUGCCAAGUCAAGGCCUAGCUUGGACGAUAUGGCUCUCCCUGAAAUUGACGAGCAGCUAUCAGACCCUGACUCCAGGCCGCCUGACAUCAGCCGGGAACCUUCUCGGGUUACCCGACAAUCUAGCACGACCACAUCUAGUAGUCGCCAACCGGGCAUGCGCAGGAUAGCAAUGAUCUCUAAUGGUACUGCUGCGCACCAGAAGAUCCGCUCUCGCAGUCCCAGCGAGCCAAGUGUUGACAGCGGCAGCGUAACUUCAAGCAUUGCGCCGCCAUUCCCAGUUCCUAUUCGCUUGAGUUCACGCAAAGUUCCGCUCAACGGCAGCGACGGGCCUCCAAGUCCGACUCGCUCAGCUGGUAGGCAAUUCUCCGACCGGGGUCGCCAAUCCCUCGCCCGGCGACCUACCCUCCGCCGAGUCCGUUCCGCGGCUGCGAUGUCACAGUCGGACCUCGCAGAGCAGCCCGAGACCAGAUCUUCUCCAACACGAUCAAUUUCCUCCUUUACUCCUGACAGCCCGCCGUACCGACCUCCGCCUAUGCCGUCUGAUGAUAUCACGGCACCCCGUGAGCGGCACGCAACUCACAGACGCACCUCUCAUCGUACGAUUCCCUCUAACAACUGGAGUACCCAUGAGCGACAGGAACAUGAGAGAAAAGAUUCUAUUGGUGGAGUUCAGCCCACCAGUGUUGUUGAUGCCAUUGCCCAGACCAUGGUCGGUGAAUGGAUGUUCAAAUACGUCCGUCGACGCAAGUCUUUCGGAAUGGGCGAGUCCAAGGAUAAUUGGGAAGGCAAGAAUCCCGAUGAGGUAUCGGCGAACAUCACGAACAGUGGAGUGCGACAUAAGAGAUGGGUUUGGCUUGCACCGUAUGAAGGCUCCAUUAUGUGGAGUAGCAAACAGCCCACCAGCGGGCCUGCCUUGCUGGGCAAGAGUGGCCGAAAGUUCACCAUCCAAUCAGUACUAGAUGUCAAGGAUGACAAUCCCAUGCCAAAGAGCACCGGUUCUACCACUCCAUUCAACCGCUCCAUCCUGGUCUUGACACCCCAGCGAGCUCUCAAGUUCACAGCUCUGACCAUCGAACGACACUAUGUCUGGCUGACAGCGCUAUCCUUCCUAAGCCAUUCCUCAAUGGGCCUGCAGGAGCUAGCAGUCCUCCCUCCUAUCCCGCAACAAGAAGGAUCAGCAACACCACCAACAGCCGCGCUCCGCAGAAAUCCAAUCCGUGACUCUAUCCGCGUCGCAAAGGGUCGGCCCCGUCCCAUGCCAAAGGGCAAACGCUCCUUCAACAGCGCCGGCGCACCGGAACCAGUCCCUGAAGUCCCAGGCGGCAGCAUCGACCUCGCCGCCGACGCACCACACGUCCCCCGAUUCUCUCACAACCGCAAGCGCAGUAACACCGCACCCCGCCCUCCAGCCUUGCACACUCUCCGCAGUUUCUCCAGUCAAGGCACUAUGCCUUCAUCCCAUAGCGGGACAACAGUCGGCUCCCCAGAAGUCUAUCUCCCACCCAUGCCCCCCCCAAGUCUGCCUCCAGGCAUCGGGAGCCGUCGCAGCAGUGUCAGUCGCCGGACCUCCGAGGCCAGCGGUCGUGCCUCUAGUACCGGACAGAGUAACAUGUUUGACAUGGGCACUGUCCGGAUGGAGGCCUUUAUCGAUCACCACGCGGAACAGAUUAAUCGGCCGCCGCCGCGCCAGCGUCCGCGCCAUGUUCGCCAGACUUCUAGUCAGUGGAGUCAGGCCCGCUAUGACUUUGAUGCGCCUUCUAUCAACGACAGCGAGAUGUCUUUCCGGCCUGAUGAUCCAUUUCGGGGAUUCUAG